CGUUUUCAAGGGAUAUUGAGCGCUCAUGCUGUCUGCGCUCGCAGCGUCGGUCCUGGGCCGCGUGCUUUGGAUCAACUCGCCCUUGCAGCUUCUCCUGGACAAUGGAGCGCUCUUCAUGCUCGAGAUGAUCUCAUAUGCUUGCGCCAUCUUCAUGGUCCUCCAUGCGCUUGGCUCGCCCCGACGAACCAUGAUCGUGCUCGGAACCAUCUUUGUCUACCACCUCGUGCUCCUGGGCCUUGGGCGCAUCGACGCUGACGUGACCAUCACGUGGUAUGCCCAAGGCAUGAUCAUGCUUGGCGGAGGCCACUUGCCUCUGUACCUCGUCGUGCUCCAUACGCUCUUCUACUACGUGGCCUACAUUACGACCCAACGACUCCAUCUCCAAGACUAUGCGAGCGCCUGCGUCUUUGUCGUCGUCGUCGUGGGCCUCAAUUUCCCACUCGAGCUCAUGGGGCCCAAGUUCAUCUUCUGGACCUUCCACGACACGGAGCCGACGCUAAAAGAGCGCUUCCUCUCGAUUCCGAUCGCCAUCUUGCUUGCGCAUAUUGCGUCGGCGCUCUCGUUCUACUCGACGCUCUGGGGCGCCAUCUCGCUGGGGCUCGAAGGCCACGUGUACCACGAAGAGCAAGCCGUGGCCGAGCACAUGUACCCGAUCGCGUCGAUCUUGGUGUCGAUUCCGCUCUCGGUGUUUUACUUUGCCAUGCUCUUCCACCUUGUCUGCGACCUGCUCUUGAUCCAGCCCCAGAUCUUGCUGCUCGCGCUUGUAGCGCUCAGCAUCGCCAUCAUUUGGACGUGUGAUCGCCUCGGAGGCGACUUGGGGCCGCCCCAGAUUCCGCCGUGGGUCUAUGAUGGCGAGUGGACCAGUGCGUGGUACGACCACGCACUGGUGCAAGCCGUGUUUCUCUACACCGGCAUCCUCGUCCUCCUCACGCUCGUGAUCAACCCGACGCGGCUCACGUCCUUGAGCUUUCACCAGCGCCUCGGCGACUGCUCGAUCGACACGACGUACACGACGCUCUUGGCGACCAGGCAGACGCGCGCCAUGUACCUCUGCUCGAAAGCAUACGACGAAGAGUUCACCUUUUGCAACGUGCCGUCGUCGCAGCUCUACACGUAUGAGCCAUGGUACGCGGUCUGCGGCCGCAAGUACGAGCACAAGGCGUUCCCCAACUACCUCGUGUGCAUGCUCGUGGCCACAACCGCCAUUGUCUUGGGCUUGCGCGCUGCGUAUGGCGUUGUGCGCCCGACCUACGUGCAACGCUUCAUGGGCCCCAAGGCAUAG